AUGUCUUUCCAGAAGAGGGGAAUCGCGAUACGACAAGCUGGAGUUGUUUCUGGACGGGAAGCACCAGGUAUCAACGCUACUCCAGGCUCAUCUCCAGCUGUAUUCAAACAAGCGCAACCCCCAACAGGAACACGUCCUUCACCCCUCGACGGUCGACUCACAACCUCAACAGGCACCCGAUCACUAGAUGCGCUACUAGCAGGUCAUUCUGCGCUCGCGCUGGGUACAUCUUUGUUGGUAGAAGAAAGCGGAACGACAGAUUUUGGGGGAUCCUUGUUGAAGUACUAUGUCGCAGAGGGAGUUGUUCAAGGCCAUACCAUCCAUGUAUUAGGCAUGCCUGAAGCGUGGGGACGAGAAUUGCCCGGACUCGGUAUAGGAGAUGAUGGGAGUAAAAGUAAAAAGAAAGUUGUCGAUGAGGAUAAAAUGAAGAUCGCUUGGAGAUAUGAGAGACUGGGUGAUUUCAGUGCUGGCACUGGUUCGAGUUUAAGAGGUGGGUGGUCUCUGCCUCAUAUGUUGUUUGAUAGCAAAUACAAAAUAUUCCAUCUCAUGCUGAUGAGAUAUGUUGUAGAAAGAAAUGUGCCACAGUCAAGUUCUUCCUCGAGUUCGAAUCCAUCAGCAGUCUUCUGUCAUGACUUUGAUUUGAGCAAACGUCUAAUUCUACCUUCGCCAUCGAACAUACACUUCGUUCCACUCUCCACACAGCCAGACAUGAGCUUCAAAGACCCUGAUCCGAAGAUAUCACCCUUCUCCAGGUUUAUCAACCAUUUAAGUUCACAAUUAGCAAACUCUCCACCGACAACAGUUCACCGAAUUGCAAUUCCAAGUCUUCUUUCCACCGCACUCUAUCCUCCUUUCAGUACAAUACCAUCGCACAUCCUUCAAUUUCUUCACUCACUCCGAGCCCUCCUUCGCAAAUACCCGAGUCAGCUCACAGCCCUAAUAACCCUACCUAUAACAUUACAUCCACGGAGGACAGGUUUGACUCGUUGGAUCGAAUUGCUAUCUGACGGAGUUCUCGAACUUGCACCUUUCCCAACCUCAGCCAUCGCCGCAAAACCACCAGGGGCAUCAACAGUUCAUGAGGAGCCACCGCAGGGUAUGCUGAAUAUUCAUCGUCUGCCUAUAUUUCAUGAAAAGGGGGGAGGCGGUGGAGAGGCUAGUGGGUUUGGUGAUGAUUUGGCAUUCACGCUCAGUAGGAGAAAAGGAAUGGUCAUUAAACCGUUUAGUCUGCCUCCCGUUGAGGGGGAUACAGAAGCUCAGCAGGGCGGCUUGGAGGGCGACGGUGGGACGAAGGCUACCAAGGUGGAUAUUGAAUUCUGA